CCUAAUAAUGCUAUUCUGCUACCCUUGAGGGUGAGACAGAGAAAAAGAAAUAACCGAGUGCUCUCUAUCUCUGUCCUCGCUGUUUUGGAGUAUAUGCUCUCUCUCUCCCUCUCCUCAUUCUCCAGCUCGACCCCUACAAGGUGGAGUGAGACUUGGAUCUCAGUCUCUCUCUGUGAUUCAUCCGUAUCUCCUAGAUUUCUCCUGGCCUCCGUUGGACUCCCUUCCGGUGCUCUUCGGAGCUCCCACGCUCUUUUUCUUUGGAGCUCCAGUGAGGCCAAGCUGGUGGCUUUCCGGUGGACCGGUUUGGAUUUCAGAGCAAGGCCGAAGAUUAUAAGUCCAUGAUGCCGGUGAUGAUGAUGGCCUCCCACCUUUUGACUGGCGCGACCACCUCCACCACACCUCCUGCGCCAAAAUAAAAAUCGAAUCUUGGGCUUCAGACAAUGCCGCAGUACCAGCAACCGCUGUCCUGGAGGCUGGAGGGAGGCGGGCGGAUCCUGGAUCUGGAGACGGCCGUGAAAGAUGGCAUCUUGGGCGGCGGCGGAGGCGGAGGCGGGGGCUGGGGCGGCCCAGGCUGCGCCGCCGGCGGCGAGAAGGUGGACUUGAAGAAGAUGAUCGAGGAGCUGGAGCCGGUGGAGGAUGUCCCCUCGGUGUUCAUCUGCCCCAUCUCUCUCGAGGCCAUGCUGGAUCCGGUGACCCUGUGCACGGGCCAGACCUACGAGCGCACCAACAUCCUCAAAUGGCUCUCCAUGGGCCACCUCACCUGCCCCACCACCAUGCAAGAGCUCUGGGACGACGCCGUCACGCCCAACCGCACCCUCCACCAGCUGAUCCACGCCUGGUUCUCCCAGCGCCACCUCCGCUUCAAGAAGCGCUCCGAGGACGUCCAGGGCCGCGCCGCCGAGCUCCUCGACACCCUCAGAAAGGUUAAAGGCCAUGCCAGAGUUCAGGCUCUGAAAGAGCUCCAAAAGAUGGUCGUCGACCACUCCUCCAUCAAGAAGACCGUCGCCGACUCCGGCAGCAUCGCCCUUCUGACGUCCCUUCUAGGUCCCUUCACUUCCCACGCUGUCGGCUCGGAGGCGAUCGGCAUCCUCGUCAAUCUUUCUCUGAACUCUGAGGCGAAGGCGAAUCUGAUGCAGCCGGCGAAGGUCUCGCUGGUCGUCGACAUGCUCAACGAGGGGACGACCGAGACCAGGAUCAAUUGCACGAGACUCAUAGAGAUGCUGAUGGGGGAGAAGGAUUUCCGGCCGGAGAUCGUGUCAAGUUUGAGUCUUCUGGUGGGGUUGAUGAGGCUGGUGAAGGAUAAGAAACACCAUCCCAGUGGCACCUGGGCCGGCCUAAGUUUGCUCAAGACCAUCUGCUCCCACCAGCGGCAGGUUCGAAGCCUCAUCGUCAGGGUCGGUGCCGUUGCGCAGCUCGUCGAACUCUUGCCGGAUUCCAGUCUCGAGUGUCUGGAAUUGGCUCUCCAGAUCCUGAAUGAUCUCUCGGCGAUCCCGGAAGGGCGGGUGGCGUUGAAGGAUUGCCCUCAGGCUAUUCCCAAUGCCGUGAGGCUGUUGAUGAGGGUGUCCGAGUCCUGUACUCAGCAUGCGUUGUCCAUCUUAUGGGCGGUCUGUAAGCUCGCUCCCGAUGAAUGUGCGUCGCGAGCGGUGGAGGCGGGCUUGGCUGCAAAGUUGUUGCUUGUAAUACAGAGUGGCUGCAGUCCGGAGCUAAAGCAGCGGUCGGCCGAGCUGUUGAAGCUAUGUAGUCUCAAUUACACGGCAACCCUGUUCAUGUCCAAGUGCAAGCUCACGGGGACGAUCCAGUGAUGAGAGCAUGAUCCAUCGCAGAUUGCUUUUCUGUUCAAUGCCUCCUGUGGCUCAGCUUGAUUGGAAUCAAAUGGGUGAUCAAUUGGAGGGAGCUCGAAUGGUCGAUCGGAGUUGGCUGGCAUUGCAUUGCAUGGAUGGACAGAGCUUUAGAUACUGGCGGCCGCAAAGACCGGCCUAUCUAUGGCAAGCAAGGACUUGAAACUGGGAGGUAUACAAGCUCGGCUCUGUUGGCUUAUGCUAGGAACGCUCUGUAGCUCUCUGUUCCAUGGAUUCUCCAUGGAUGAAGAAGCAUCAAAAUGUAGAUGAUUCGCGGCGAACCGGUUUGUGGAUUCGGAUCCACGUGGCCUGGAAGCAAGAGUUUUCCUCCUCAAUCAGAUGGUGCGGUUGCGAUGUCGGGUAGCCUUUUUGGUUCAGCCCUUACCCUGCGAUCAAGUUUAGAAUGUGGAUAUAUGCCAGAACUUGUAAAUCUUUUUGAUGAAAUUGAUGAAUUUGAGAAUUCUAUACCAUAAUUUUGUUUCGACACAA